GACAGAUAAGUGGAGGGCUAUGAUUCACAGAGGGGAUGACAGAGGGGUGCUGGGUCUGUAAUUGUCAGGAGGGGUUUUUGAGGCAGCUUUGGAGCUGGAGAUGUCCAAGAAGCAGCCCCUUAGGCCCCAUAAGAGGCAAGUCUCAAUUUGAUCUCAAUGCUGAAAUGCACAGGGUAGAGCAGUUCUGGUGGGUGUCAUGACACUUGUUUCUUGUGCACUGUGUGUCUUUUGAGUGUGUUGUAUUACAUGUCUUGAGUCUAAGCCCUUUGAGGGGCAUAUCAGAAAUUCUGGGCUAAUUUUUAGCCUCCGCUUUCCUUGGCCUGGUGCUGGCCCAUGGGAGCGUGGGCUGGCAUGGUAAUCACAUCUCUGCUUGGAAACAUCCAGUCUGAUGUCUUUUAAGGUCUUCUUCUGAGCUGUAUUGACAGCUGUACACCACAAGGGUCGGUUACAGAGGUUUAGGAUGUGAAGAUAGGGAGAGGAUUCUGACCAGAAAUUUCUCAGCCAUCCAUCUCUUCAGUUCUUGGGAUUAAUGCUUCUGCUAGCAUCUUCUUCCAGCCUCAUCAUUGUCCCAUCAGUCUCCCCCCAGUCAUCCCAUAUUGAAUUCUCUCAGUCCUUGUGAUUCUUCUUCCUGCUGGGAGAUUUUUUUCCCUCCCCAUGUCCUCCCCUCGUUUGUCAUGUCCUGUGUCACGGGUGCCUGCAUGCAUUUGGCCAGGAGCUGCUCUGCCCUGUAGCGUAGUCUGGGCAUAGGUGUGCUAGGACCAGUCCUGGGGACUUGCUUUUUGUAAUGUGGGGUGGUUUUGGACCCUAGAUGAAAUCUGGAGGUAUAAAGUUAUCCUGCAGCACAUUUGACUUCUGUCCUCCCUUCCUUUCAGAUGCAGAUGGAUCAAAUCUGAGGCUGUGGGCCCAUCCUAGGAAAUGAAGCAGGAUAUCCACUGUCAAGGGGAAGCAGGCCAGGCAGUGCCCUUGAACUACUCUGAGAUGGCUCUGCCCAGCUGGCCCAGAGACCCAGUUCACUGCUCCUGUGAGCCCUCCAGCAGUAUUCCAGGACUCUGAUGAAGCCUUCACCUUCUGCAAUUUGAAGAUGCCAACUGGGCAGCCUUUGGCAAGAGCUGAGCAGUUGAGGUGAGUCUGGGAGUUUGGGAGAAGGAGUUUGGGUCCAGUCAAGUUUCAGCCAUGUCACAUCACCUUGUCUCUUCUUAAACCAGGCCUACCCUGCUAGGACAGUCUCAGCCUCUGACUGCAGCUGAAAUGUGUGACCUGAGGCCCUGGACAUUCCUGGGAGAUGCUGACUAAGGGACAACAGCUCAGUGACGGCAGGAAUUUCCCAGAUGGUGAAGCUUUUUUUACUGCACACCUGGCAUGGAUUCUCAUACCUGGAUCUCUGACAGGUCCCCGAGGCAGAUUUCCGGUUCUCAACCGCCGCCUUUCACAGAACCUAUCCCUUGACGUCGAGGACCAGCAUCCUAUUCAGCAUACUGUUUCAGGAAAUCGAACUGUCAUCAACUGUCGUGGUCCAGAAGGACGAUUAUGUUCUGUUACUAUGUAUGAGGUUUUAUUUUGUUUUAGCAAGAGGCAGAAACCCCCCAGUGAUGCUGCAGCCGUCCCAGCCUUUAAAUACUUUGGGGAUGUGCUUGCCAGCAUUCCCAAAAGAGCACUGGGAAAGCACCAGGAAAUCACAGAACCGUUUAGGCUGGAAAAGAGCUCUGACAUCACCGAAUCCAAGCUGUGCCCAUCCCCACCUUGUCCCCAGCCCAGAGCCCUGAGUCCAGGACAGCUCCAGGGACCCCAAACCUCCCCGGGCAGCCCCUUCCAGUGCCCGGCCUCCCUUUUCAUGUGGGGAAUUCCUCCCGAACCCCCCUGGUCCAGCUCCCCUCCCAUUGCUGGAUCAGAGCCUGACCCUAUUGAAUUUUGGGGUUGUCACCACAUCCUCCAUCCCGCUUUUCAGGGCAGUGACAGCGAGUACGAGGUGGACCCGGGGCACCAGAAGGGCAUCUCCCGGGCACAGGCUUACAGCUACACCGAGAGCGAUUCGGGCGAGCCCGAGCACACCCCGCUCUCCAACAGCACCUCCACGCAGCAGAGCAGCCUGUUCCGCCCCAAAGCCAGCAGGACUCCCACCCCCCAGACCCCCGGCAAUGCCCCCAGCAGCCAGCCCGGGACCCUGUACUGCCCUCCCAGCAGCCUGGCCCCCGGCUCCAGAGCUCCCAUAGCUGGGUUUUCCUCUUUCGUUUGAUAUUUAAACAGAAGGGAAAAAAAAAAACCAACAGGAGAGGGGGGGAAAAAUUAGGG